AUGACCCCUGAGCAGAUGGAGACGGUGCAGAAUCUUCCUCCACCGGAUCUGCCUAAUGGAUACGAGAUAGGUUCUGCUGAUCCAGAAUGUGAUGCCGAAGUGGUCACUAAAACAUGGAUUCACGCCGGUCCGAACGAGGAGGAACAAACAAGAGCUAAACUCAAGCAUUUCCCAUCCAGCUGCGUUCGCUACGAUGGCAAAGCUGUGGGCUUCGAAAUGAUUGAUCCGAUAGGUGUUCUCAACCACUUGUUCGUAUUGGAGCCACAUCGCAAUAAGGGAUUGGGCAAUAUAAUUGAGCUGGAUUUAGCGCGGAAGAUGAUUAGAAAAGGUCUCAAAGUCUCCAAAUGUGUCGAGCUGUACAACACCGCCGUCCUAUCAGGGAGCGCUCGAUCUCCAUACUGGACGACGGCGACGGAUGUCAACGGCGAAGAUAUUAUUUAUGUAUUUUAUGGCGGUCACAAAGGAAUAAAUUGUACAUAA